AUGAGAGAAGCAUAUUUGGGUAAAGGCAUUACCGCCGUUGCUAUCGUUGCCCGUGUGAUGAAUGACGGUGAUGAUGAUGAUGACGAUGUUGAUGUUGAUGUCGAUUUUGAUGAUGGUCCCAGAAAUAGUAGCAGACAGCUGUUGGCUGCACCAAGAGUAUCCGUUCCUUCGUCCGUCCAUCCAUUCAUUCGCAGUAUAAGCCAACCAUUUUGGCCAACUGCCUUCAUCGUUGAUACUGUUCGGCAGCCGCCGCAAACGCUUUGGAACGUCUGCCCCUUUGACUGA